AUGGCAACAACGCCCCCCUACCACCUAAUCUACUUGGACCGCCUACUGGGAACAGUAUUCUGUCUGAUCGCUCUUAUCGGAUUCCUCUCGAAUGGUCUAAUGGGAGUACACCUGAUAGCUCUGAAGAAGAAGUUCAAAACUAGGACUACCUCCCUGCUAGUUCAGAUAUCAGCUGCAGACUUUCUUACCUGUCUUACUGUUGCCCCAGCAGUUGGUGGCUGGGUAUCCUCAGCAAUGAACGGAGCCUCACUCUACCUGAUCUGCGUGCUGAGUAUAGACAGGUUCUACGCAGUGUUCUACCCCCUCCACCGGCCCUGCAUCCUCACCAACACCCGCCUAACCGUGCUGUGUGCCACUUCUUGGCUCAUCCCUGUUGUUAGCAACACCUAUCCCUUCUUCAGGGGAGCCCACUUCUUCUACUACGAUAUCCUGGGCUUCUACGUGUCCACCCCCCUCGUCACCUCCGGUCACGAGCAGAACGUUAUCUACAUUGUAAGUAACGUGUCAGUACUUCUCCCCUUUUGUGUCACAGUUGGAUUCUGUCUGGCAGUAGUCAGCAGACUGGCUCAGUACGCUGGACGUCCUAAACCUGGCAUUAACCUGGAGCUGCACCAACCUGUCAGCGUGCUCGCUCCCAAGUCAAAGAAACUCUCCGUUAGAUCCCAUAGAUCUUCUCGCAGACUAGGGCGGAUCCUGACCAGGAUGAAGAGGAUCCCAACAAGUCAGAAGAUGUAA